AUGACAUCAACGGAUACAUUUGAUAGUUGUCAUGUUGCUACAUCCAGCAUUGCUAGUGAUGAAAGUGUCGAUGGCAGCACGGAAAUCUCUGAUGAUCAACCCACAACUCCUGGUAAAAAGCUUGCUAUUCUUACUGGCUGUAUAUCAAAGACUGCUGUCAUCAACAGCAAAUCUGACUCACUCAUGCAUGACUGUAUCUGGUCUUUUUAUGGUUUGAUAGAUCAUGUUUGCUUUGUAGUGCAUGGCAUGGGUCAGCAAUGGGAAGGUACUGGGCGGUUUGUAGAAAACUCUUCGCUUAGGAGAACUUGCGAGGAAACAGCACUGGAAGAGUUUAUAGACAAGUCAUUGAAUGUCGAAUGGAUUGGUGUUGAAUGGCAUUCAGUGCUUCAUGGGCUAGAUACAGUCGAUCGAAGGAUUAAAACAAUUACAUUGCCAACAUGCUCAAUCUUGCGCCAAAUCAACAACAAUAUUCUGGCAGAUGUGCUCUAUUAUUUUACAUCAUUUCAUGGGCAGACUCUUGUAGAUAUUGUGACCAAGAGUCUGAAUGCUGCACAUGCAGCAUUCAUGAAAAAAUAUCCAGACUUCAAAGGUAAAGUGGCUCUUGUUUGCCAUUCUCUUGGUGGUAUUAUUACAUACGAUAUAUUGGCCCAUCAACCUGGUGCCCCUUGGGAGCACUGGCGACAGCAGCAAAAACAAAGGUCCCACAAGUAUAGUGCGCCAGUUUCAAAGCAAACUCCAGAUGCACACCAGUUACAGGAUGAAAGUAAAGUGCUUCGAUCCAUUUCUCCAGCCAAUGACAAGAUACAGAAAAAUAGUCAGUAUUCAUCCCAAGUGGCAGGAUCGCAUCAUGAAACCCACUUUGAAAUUAUCUACCCGAGGCUUGAUUUUACUCCUGCGCUGCUGUUUACACUUGGAUCUCCAUUGCCUGCUGUAUUGGUAAUGCGCGGUCAGUCUCUACACCACUAUCGCAUCUCCAAAAAGAUCAAGUUUUUAAAUAUUUUCCAUCUGUAUGAUCCCAUGGCUUAUCGGAUGGAGCCAUUGUUGGACGAACGCUACAUUGAGAUCUCACCAGUACUCCUUGAGCGACCUUCCAGCAACCGUGCAUUUCAACUUUCAUAUUAUCAAGAGCUUAUUUCUGCGUAUCUUCCGGAUCUAUCUGCGAUGCGAUCUGGCGUUCGUGUUCCUACAUUUGCAGACCUUCCUUCUAUUCCGUAUAUGAAUGUAACCGGCAGCUUACCAUCUCUUACACUCCCAACCUUUUCGAGUCUUGCUCUUCCAAAUGUAUCACUUCCCACCAUCAAUUUGCCACUGCCUGUACUUCCAUCUAUCCCCGCACUCACUCGUGCACGAGAGCAACUGUCUGUCAUGUACGAUUCCAUGGUGUCCAAUUGGGCUGGCGAGGAGGAUUUAAGCUUGACAUCGCAUAAACGAAAGCGAUCUUUUGGUGAAACAUGUGCAAGUGAGGACGACGACGAUCAAAAAAGAAGUGAGUUUAGAAAUUCGGAUGAACCCAAAAGUCCUUGUCAUAAAAAACAGCUUGUCGAAAAAGCAGCGAAUGGAAGCGUUGUUUGGCGGCAGAGUCUGGCCAAAAACGACAGUAAAACUGAUGUGCAAGUUAUUGAGCAUGAUGAAAUGGAACAAAAUACCUCUGAUCAAUGUGAUACUGCUCACGAAGACGAUGUUUGCAGCAAAACAGAAACCGAGCAUACGCUUUUUAGAUUUAUUCGAACCCCUAUUUCAAAACUCGGUCGAGAUCCUUCAAAAGCAUCAUCACUCACUCAAUGUCAUGAUGAUAACGAUCAAAGCCACAUAUCUAGCGAGGUUUUUCCUCAAUCUGAAAAGCAGCCUAUGGUCACUCUAACUGAACAGUCUGCAAUAAAUGCUUCAGCACCAAGCCAAAGCACAUUCACAUUUACCGCAGCAGUGGAAGAUUUUACGGAUAUGCUUCGUCGGAGUUUUUCGAGUUCUUCCACAUUGUCACCCACUCUACCAAAAACUUCGCCAAUUUGUGCAUCAACCCCACUACAACAUCAGCCAGUAUCUGAAAAAGCGAUACCCAUUACACAAUCACAGCAUGAUUGCGCUGAUACUGCUGACAAGUGUAAUCAAAGCCAUGCCACAGAAGCAUUUUUUGAACCACAACCCAUAUCACCCAAGCGCUUGUCCAAAUCAGCCCAAACUAAAGCACAUCGUGCAACCACUGUUAUUUCUAAUGUGAGAAAAAUGGGAGAUAAAUUGACUGCCGAACUUGUUGCAGCCGCUAAGCAAACCCAACGCACAAUGGAAUUGGAAUCUGGUGUAGAGGAUGGUAGCGAUAUUUUACCCGAAUCCAACAUUGAUAGCGAAGGGGGAAAUGAUGAAAUUGAUGGUGCAGAGUCUGAUCAUUGUGAGGAUACCCUCAAGGAUGCAACUUCUCAGCGCCAUGCGCUGAAUUCGCAUACCAAGAGGAAAUAUGUUCCUGCGGAGCGGCUAGAUUUUUUCGUUCAAGAAACGGUAAUUGAUAACAUGGUACAUCAAUACCUGGUCGGAAUGAAGGCGCAUUUUGGAUACUGGACAAGCAAAGACAUGAUGUAUCGGGUAUUAAAGGAACUUGAUAGCACUCCCAACUAA